UCAAAGCCAUUUUGCUGCUAUGAUUGUCUUCGAUGUCCUGAUGGGAAGAUUGCUAACCAGGAAGAUAUGGAUGACUGUUUUCAUUGUUCAGAAGAUCAGUACCCAAACAAUAGCCAAGAUUUGUGUCUCCCAAAAGUUUUAACAUUCCUGAUGUACGAAGAAUUUUGGGGAACUAUUUUAGCCAGCUCUGCUCUUUUCUGUUCUUUCAUUACGGCUGUAGUCCUCAGGAUUUUUAUUAAACAUCAGGACACUCCUCUAGUUAAAGCCAAUAACCGGAACCUGACUUACAUUCUCCUCAUUGCUAUCUUGUUGUCUUUUCUUUGUGCCUUGCUAUUCAUUGGCCAGCCAUCCAAGGUGGCAUGUGUCCUUCGUCAAACUGCUUUUGGGGUUAUCUUCUCAGUGGCCAUUUCUUGUGUUUUAGCCAAAACUGUCAUUGUGGUUCUCGCUUUUAUGGCCACCAAGCCUGAGACCAAGAUCACCAAAUGGGUGGGGAAUAAACUUGCCAUGUCUGUAGUAUUUGGCUGCUCUUUUAUUCAAGUUAUGGUUUGUACUACAUGGCUGACAACUUCUCCCCCAUUCCCAGAUGCUGACAUGAGUUCAAUGGCAGAAGAAAUAGUUCUGGUGUGUAAUGAAGGAUCCAACUAUAUGUUCUACUGUGUCUUGGGCUAUUUGGGCUUCCUUGCCUUUGUUAGCUUCAUGGUGGCUUUCUUAGCAAGGAAAUUGCCUGAUGCUUUCAAUGAAGCCAAGUUUAUCACUUUCAGCAUGUUGGUCUUCUGUAGUGUUUGGUUGUCCUUUGUCCCAGCGUAUCUGAGCACGAAGGGAAAAUAUACAGUUGCUGUGGAGAUCUUCUCCAUUAUAGCCUCUAGUGCUGGGUUACUGAUUUGCAUCUUUUCUCCCAAAUGCUACAUCAUUGCGUUGAGGCCUGAUCUGAACAAAAAAGAAAAACUAAGAAUAAAAAACAGUACAAUAAUAUAA